AUUAAAAGUUCGAGGAUGUUCUACUAACUUCUACACUGAAGCACAUGAUCAAUAUUCCCCACUUCAGCCUCAUUGAACUGACGAACUCCUCCGAUGAUGCUAGCAGGGAGGACGGCCGAACCGUUCUGACCAGGACCUUGCGCUGGAGGCGAUGGCGUGUAGAUCUAGCUGAAGGGAAGAGUAAUAUGCCGUAUGCAGUUCUGGAUAGAGUCUUUCCAGGCAUAGCCAUCAUGAUAGCUCUGCUAGUACUCCCCCCUCACGAGCAUGAACGAUCCAAACGCCUCAUAACCCUCAGAGGUCAAACUGGAGCACGUCUCUACCGCCCUAGAGAUUACAGUGCACAUGUAAGGAGCCGUUGGUCGUUUGACCAUACGACAGCUGUAUCACCAAAGCAUGGAGAGCCUUUCCACCUUCGUAUGUGCUUGCAACAACGGCCUUCUGCCAGUGCUACUCGGCCCACCUGCUGAAGCGCAGGCUUCGAUUUCCAGGGCUGUCGCACUCUAUCUUAUCGUACACCUCUCUUGUCUCGUUGUGUUUCCCUUUAAUGAGCCGAGACUAGAUCUCGGCUGCUGCUUGGUCUAGGAAUCGGCGCUGGUGGGCUCGAGAAACAUGAGAACGUGGUGGCUUGAGCGGGUCUUUCGUUCAGUUAGCUAAAGGACAGCGACGGGUCUCUUAGCUUGAGGGCGACGUGAGUGGCGUGUCUCUGUAUGACGAAAGUGCGUAUCGCUGUGCGU